AGGGAGGCUGCCGUCACGUUCAAUGUGCCCAUUCCUGCGGAGAUUAGAGCCAACUGGGAAGGGAAGAAAUGGGAUCAGCUUGAUGGAGAAGCGAAGAGGGUGGUUGAGGGGCAGGUUCGAGGGGUAAGUUUAUUGUCCGUUUUCUGCUUGUGAUUCGGCAGAUCAGAAACUCAUUCGAACUGAUCCCUGGAAUAGCAAUGGAACGACAACCUGAUUAUGAGCUACUGUCCCGCUGAUGGAAGAGUUCUCGGAUCUGGAAUCAAACCUGCGACCCCGGAAGACGUCGAUCAAGCGAUUAAGGCGGCAGCAAAAGCACAGGCAGAAUGGUCCAAGACUAGCUUCGCGGAGAGGAGGAAGGUUCUACGGACUUUGGAUAGAUACGUUCUCGACCACCAAGACGAACUCGUUACCGCCUGCUGCCUGGACUCUGGAAAGACCAAGGUGGACGCUUCCUUCGGAGAAAUCCUGGUGACCACUGAGAAGCUUAAAUGGACCCUCGACCACGGUGAAAAGGCUCUGACGCCGGAAUCGCGUCCUACGAACUUCCUCAUGAUGUACAAGAAGAAUAUGGUCACCUACGAACCGCUGGGCGUGGUCUCGGCCUGCGUUUCCUGGAACUACCCCUUCCACAACUUCAUCUCGCCCGUAAUCAGCGCUAUCUUCGCAGGAAACGGCAUCGUGGUGAAGCCGUCCGAGCAGACGGCCUGGUGCACGACUUUCUUCCUGGAGGUCAUCCGCGGCGCCCUGGCCAGCUGCGGCCACCCUCGCGAGCUGGUCCAGAGCGUCGUCUGCCUUCCGCGUGUGGGCGACUACUUGACCUCCCACCCGGGCAUCUCCCAGCUCACCUUCAUCGGCUCCCGCCCCGUGGCGCACAAAGUCUGCGCAUCCGCCGCCAAAGCCCUGACGCCUGUCACCGUGGAGUUGGGCGGCAAGGACCCGUCGCUCAUCCUGGACGACUCGCGCACCGUGCAUGAACUACCCGCCAUCGCUUCAAUCCUCAUGCGGGGUGUCUUCCAGUCCGCGGGACAGAACUGCAUCGGCAUCGAACGCAUCGUCGCCCUCCCCGGCGCCUACGACCGACUUCUGGACAUCGUCUCCGCGCGCAUCGCCAAACUCCGCCUGGGCUCCGUCCUGUUGUCACCCCAGGGCGCCCCUGACGUGGGCGCCAUGAUCUCCCCGGCCUCGUUCGAUCGACUGGAAUCCCUGAUCCACGACGCCGUCAAGCAGGGCGCCCGCCUGGUUUGCGGCGGGAAGCGGUUCUCCCACUCUGAGCACCCCCUCGGCCACUACUUCACCCCCACGCUGCUCGCGGACGUCACACCGGAGAUGCGCAUCGCGCAAGAGGAGCUCUUUGCGCCGGUCUUCGUGCUGAUGCGCGCCAGCUCGGUGCCGCAUGCUAUUGAGAUAGCCAACUCGACUGAGUACGGCCUGGGUGCCAGCGUCUUCGGCUACGACCCGCGGGACACCGCCCGGUGCAUCAAGGAGAUUCGGUCCGGGAUGGUCUCGGUCAAUGACUUCGGGAGCUACUACGCGGUGCAGUUGCCGUUCGGCGGCGUCAAGGGCUCCGGGUACGGCCGGUUCGCGGGCGAGGAGGGCCUCCGCGGCGUGAGUAACCUCAAGGCCGUGUGCGUGGAUCGGUUUCCGAAGUUGAUGGCGACGAGGAUCCCGCCGCGGGUGGACUAUCCAAUCAACAAAGGGGAAGGUGCACGGGAGAAUGGCACGGGGGCGUGGGAGAUGUGUAAGGGGGUGGUGGAGACGGGAUAUCAGAUUACGUUGGCGGGCAGAGUGAGGGGUAUCCUGCGUUUGUUAGGGAAUAUGUAGGGCUGGACUGUAUCCCUACGCGGGGCGUGUAUACCUGUAUAUUAGGGCGGGUAGUUGGCUGUAUCAUAGUACUUACAUAUACAUUAAUCAUAUCGCUGCAUGGACUUCAGUGAUCGACAGUUCUGGCCCUGCUUACUGUUGAUAUUUGACGAGGAUGACUGCCCAAGUGACAUACAUCCUCCAGGACCAGCUCAC